CGGGGUCCCCAACAUAACUAUCAACAUGUCGUCCCCCUCGCCCCAUACAGCCGUCGUCUUCGCCUACCACGACGUCGGCGUCCGCUGCCUAAAGGUGCUGCUCGCCCGCGGGGUCACGGUGCCCCUGGUCGUCACGCACGAGGACGACCCGUCCGAGAACAUCUGGUUCGAGUCGGUCGCCUCGCUAUGCAAGGAGCGCGGCAUCCCCCACAUUGCACCACCGGACGCCAAGUCGGCCGAGCUGCUCGAGCGCGUGGCAUCCCUGCGCCUGGGAUGGAUCUUCAGCUUCUACUACCGCCACCUGCUGCCGCCGGGCCUCCUGCGGCAGGCCCGGCACGGCGCCUUCAACAUGCACGGCUCGCUGCUCCCCAAGUACCGCGGCCGCGUGCCCGUCAACUGGGCCGUGCUGCGCGGCGAGGCCGAGACGGGGGCGACGCUGCACGAGAUGGUGGCGCGGCCCGACGCCGGCUUCAUAGUGGCGCAGGUCUCGGUGCCCAUCCUGCCCGACGACACGGCGCACGCCGUGUUCGCCAAGGUGGCGACCGCCGCCGAGAAGGCCCUGUGGGACGUCCUGCCCGAGAUGCUGGCCGGCAACACGCCGAGGCGGCCCAACGACGUCGGGAAGGGCAGCUACUUUGGCGGCCGCAAGCCCGACGACGGCCGCGUCGACUGGUCCCGCCCCGCGCGCGAGGUGUACAACCUCUACCGCGCCGUCGCGCCGCCGUACCCGGGCGCGUUUGUGGAGCUGCGCGGGCGCCGGUUCGUCAUCGCUCGCGCUAGGCUACCGCCGGGCCGUCAAGAACCGGGCCUGUCGCCGGGGCUGCACGUGGUCGCCGGCGGGGAGAUCGUCGCGGUCUGCGGCGACGGCGGCGUGGUGGUGGUCCAGCAGCUGCUCGAGAGCGGGCGCGAGGUGGCGCCCGACGCGCUGCGCGAGGUCCUCGACGACGAGGAGAGAGACGGCGCGGCAGCGGCGGCGGCGGCGAGGCCGAAGCGGAUCCUCAUCCUCGGCGUCAACGGCUUCAUCGGCCACCACCUCGCGCGCCGCAUCCUCGAGACGACCGACUGGCACGUGCGGGGGCUGGACCUGGGUUCGCACCGCAUCGCAAGCCUCGCAGAGCAGCACGGCGGCGGCAGCGGCUGUCGCUUCGUCUUCCGGCAGGGCAACAUGGCCAGCAACGGGCGCUGGAUCGAGGACCAGGUGGCGGCGUGCGACGUCGUGGUUCCGCUCGCGGCCAUCGCCACGCCGCGCACCUACAUCGAGGACCCGCUGUCCGUGUUCGAGCUCGACUUUGAGGCGCACCUCGCCAUCGUGCGGUGGGCGACGCAGCACGGCACGCGGCUCGUGUUCCCGUCGACCUCGGAGGUGUACGGGCUCUGCCGGGACGCGGAGCUGAGCCCGUCCAGCUCAGAGCUAGCCUACGGGCCCGUGUGCAAGACGCGCUGGAUCUAUGCGUGCUCCAAGCAGCUCAUGGACCGCGUCGUCUGGGCGCACGGCACCCAGCGCGGGCUCGACUUCACCCUCUUCCGCCCCUUCAACUGGGUCGGCCCGGGCCUGGACUCGCUCGCGCUGCGGCCGGCGGGCGGCUCGCGCGUCACGACGCAGUUCCUGGGGAACCUGCUGCGCGGCGAGGACCUGACGCUCUCGGACGGCGGGCGCCAGAGGCGCGCCUUCACGGCCGUCGGGGACGGCGUCGACGCCCUGGUGCGCAUCCUGGCCGACGACGCCGGCGUCACGCGCGGCCGCAUCUACAACAUUGGCAGCCCGGACAACGACUGCUCCGUCCGCGAGCUCGCCGAGCGCAUGCUCGAGGCCGCGAGGGGCACCCCGGAGCUGGCGGGGCGCUGCGCGGGCGUCAAGAUGGUCGAGGUCCCGUCGGGCGAGCUGUACGGCAACGGCUACCAGGACGUGCUGCGCCGCGUGCCGUGCAUCACCGACACAUGCCGGGACCUGGGCUGGAAGCCGACCAUGUCCCUGGACGACUGCGUGCGCGCCAUGGUGGAUGCCGUGGUGCCGUUUGCUGACGUGGCCGCGCAGGGAGGCGAGCUUGUGUGGUAG